CGAACACCAAUGGCACCCUCCACGAAAAAGCCCAAGAGCAAGCGCUCUGCCCAGCAGAGGAGCGAUGACUUCAUAAUGAACACGAAUGAUAGCAGUAUCGUUUCAAAAAGAUGUGUCUCCAAACUCUACCUACCAAAAGAGCCAGAUUUUUAUCAGCCAUUCGUGAGCAAGUUCGUAAGGAGAAAUCCUCUCAUCAACCGCGGCUAUUGGCUCCGGAUGCAUGCAAUUGAGCAAGUAGUGCGAUGCUUUAUUGAGGAAGACCCCGAGAGACCAAAGGUCGUUGUAAAUCUAGGCUGUGGAUAUGAUCCUUUGCCUUUUCAAAUCUGGCAUCGGUAUCCCACCAUCUGCGUAAACACCACAUUCGUAGACGUAGACUAUCCGCAUCUGAUUGCAAGGAAGAGAGACCGUAUGCUUACCGACAGCCUCCUCAGGGAUGAGCUACUGAAGACGAAUCUCCGUCCAUCAGAGCACCCAGUAUAUCUUCGAAGCGAUCGAUAUAUGGCCUUGGGCUGCGAUCUUCGGGACAUCACUACCCUCGAACGGGUGCUGAAAGCUGAGUUUGAUACUCAUUCGUCACACCUUCUCUUCGUUGCAGAGGUAUCUGUGACUUAUAUGCCCAUAUCAGACUCUGAUGCACUUAUUCACUGGGCCAGCACACUCAAGGAUGCUCGUUUCUGCUUGCUUGAACAAUAUCUUCCGGAAGGUCCUGACCAUCCAUUUGCGAAGACAAUGCUCAAACAUUUCGACAAACUCCAAACACCUAUACAAGCCAUCAAGCAGUAUCCUUCGCUGAAGCAGCAAGAGUCUCGGUUCAUUAAUGCAGGCUGGCUUGCUGUAGAAACAUCUCGCAACCUUUGGGAUCUCUGGGGCGAUGAUAGCUUCACUCCAACUCACCUGCGCCGCUCUCUUGACAAAGUAGAACCCUUCGAUGAGUGGGAAGAAUUUGCCCUCUUCGCAAGCCAUUACUUCAUGCUUGUGGCAUCGAACGUCAUUUCGAGUGCGCCAGGGCAUGCCCCUGCAGUUGGUGGACUUCAUGCAGCCGCACAACGCAAAAAUACUAUGGAGAUGCCACUUCUUACACUGACACAUUAUGAGAGUCCCCCAGGUGCCCAGUUGACAUUCCGUCGUUUCGGUGCAGCAUUUGUGCUCGGCGAGGGUACCGUAGCCAUCCAUGGCGGACAAGGCCCACAGCAUCGAUUAGCAAAUAUUGACCUACUGAGCAGGGGCCAGUCCAAGGCAACAAUUCAUCCACUUCCACCAACUCAGGCACGUGUAUGCCACACCAUAACACCCAUUGAUCCUAACCGCGCGUUAUUGGUUGGUGGUCGUAAAUCUCCAACUCAAGUACUCGCGGACUGCUGGAUGAUGGCCAACGGAGCAUGGGAACAAGUGGAAGAUCUAGAACCCGGUCGAUACAGACAUAGUUCAGUGAAAGUAGAGAUCCUGUCCGGUGAAUCCAAGACCGAGGCUGUCCUCGUCUGUGGUGGGAAAACGAGUGACGGCAUCGUCCUUGACGAAUGGUGCCUGUGGUUACCUUCUCAAGGUUGGCAGACCAUUCCCGUAACAGGCCCUCGACCGCAAGCCCGCACCAGUGCUGCAAUAUCCACGUCAAACCACUCGCUCAGUCGAGGACUACUCAUUGGUGGGAUGGAUCCCGACGGCACAGUCCUUGAUGAGAUUUGGAGCUGGGAGAUCUUGGCCAGUUCUACAAUACAACUCCGGUUCAUAGACCGAACACGGCAUAUCAACUCCUUACCUGCAAUGUCUUUGCAUGCGCGGCUGGGAGCAUCUCUACUUCCGUUUGGCGAUUUUCUACUCCUUUUCGGAGGCAUCUGUCGUAAGGGAAUACUUGGGUUCGCAGAAGACUUCCUGCUGAUAUUUGAUGGACCCAUAAUCACAUAUGACGUUGCGAACUUGGAGACGAUGGCGUCCGGGUUACCACUACUCGUGGGAACCAGCGCGGUUCUAGCUUCUAAAGAGGAGAUAAUUAUCACAGGAGGUGGAGCCGUUUGCUUUUCAAUGGGCAGCUUCUGGAAUGAAGGCUAUUUUUCAAUCACUCAGGGCUCACAAACACCGAGUCCUCAGACGUUUUCCAUUGCUCAGAUAGACCAGCCUAGUCCACCUCGGGACUCCGAUCCGAUAGUAAGAGCGAAGGGAAAAAAGGAAACUAGCAAUUAUCAAGAUAGUCAGAACACAGAUCUACCCUCUGUAGCCAGAGUGCGACUGAAAUCACCUGAGGAUUUCUCUCAACUAGUGGCUGCCUCUAAACCGGCGAUAAUGGAGGGUUUGGACUUGGGACCAUGCGUGCAACUAUGGACAUUGGAAUAUCUCAAGGAGAAACUAGGUGUCAACAGGGAACUUGUCAUACAUGAAUGCGAUUCCGAUCGUAUGACAUUCAAGGAUAAAAACUUCCAAUAUGUGAAAAGGACCGUCGGCGAGUUCCUAGAUGGCAUUUCAAAGGGAAAGAAGACGUAUCUACGCGCAGCAUCAAAGAACCAACCGAAUAGACUGCCAACAAAGAUCGAAGAUGACUUUCCAACUAUUGCUUCAGACUUCCGUCUACCAGAGGCCCUGAGCCCUAUACUCCGAAGUUAUCACAGCUCACCGCUACGAAUAUCCGGACCCGUUUCUCUCUGGCUUCACUACGAUGUUCUUGCGAAUGUUCUUUGCCAGAUCAAAGGCCGUAAAUCCCUCCGGCUUUUCCCCCCUAGUGAUGUGAAAUAUCUGAAUUAUCCGCCAGGAGGGUCUAGCUCUAAUAUCAAUGUCCUAAAGUCUAAGGAUCCAAAGCUCAGCCAUACACACCCACAAAUAGCGGUGCUGGGUCCUGGAGACGUCCUAUUCAUUCCGCCCAUGUGGUCUCACACGGCGACUCCGGAGGAAGAUGUGAGUGUAGCAGUAAACGUCUUUUUUCGCAAUCUUAGUUCAGGAUAUGCUGCAGGGAAAGAUGUGUAUGGGAACAGAGACCUACAGGCCUAUGAAAAUGGGAGAAGGGACGUGGAAAAGAUUUUGAAAGCGUUCAGAGAUGUCCCUUGCGACCUCGCAAUGUUCUACUUGAGUAGAUUGGCUGCAGAGAUUCAAGAACGAGCGGAGCAGCUUGGGCUCCAAGCAUGAGGGGUUGCAUAAGUUAAU